UAAAAAAAAAACGUUGACAGGAAAUAUAUCCACCACUGAUAUAAAUGAACACAUGCAUACGUAUUUACAUCCGUAAAAGCCAAAUGAACUCUGAUAAUUGGCAUAGCAUUUCACUCCAUAAAAAAAUUCCUUUAUUGUGAUAAUGCGCAUUUAUGCGUUUCUAUGGUAACGUGUUGAAUAAUUUGUUUAAAUGUUUUCAGCCAAAGAAAAAAGAAGUGCACUUAAUUUGUUAUCGACAGAACAUUUAGUAAAUACAAACAGAUUAAGAAUAAAAAGAAGAUAAUAAAAUUGCAUAAAUAGAAAAAGAUAAAAUAAGGAACAGUUAUCAACUGCUUAACAAGUGUUUUUAUGAGUGUUAAUUUAAAAGCAAAACUUGAAUCAUUUGUUGUGUACGAACCUUUGUAAAGACAGUGUGCAUAUUAUUGUAUCUUCUGUGUUUGAUAAAAUUGCACUUCCGACUCAUUCAAUUUUAUCAUACUUAGAAAAGAAAACGUUUCUACAAAUAAUAUCAAAAUCGAUGUCAGCUGGGCUGAUGUCAUGCGUACGAGAAAACUCAACACCAAUAACAAUGGAAAAUUCUGGCGCUGCAUCGCUUUCAUCGAAAUCACAAGAAAGUCACAAACGACGUCGUCGUUUUCAUCCCUUGCGAAAUUUACGUCGAAUUUUCCGACGACGCACAUUGACACAUGCCGAUGCGAUUCGACCUAUGGUCCAGCAAAAUCAAAAUUUUUAUAAUCGAAACGAAGUUUUUAAUGUUUUUUGUUUCGCAGCUAGAAAUCAUGAGCAGUACGAAAACGAUUUAUCGAAUGUUUCGACGAUUCGUUCGUUGAGUGCCCAAUCAAUCAACGAUGAUGUAUUACCUGAUGAUUUCUCCGAUUUUCAAUCAUCGCGUUUGAUACGGUCAGCAAAUCAAUCGAAUUUAACGACAAAUAAACGAACAUAUGGUUAUGCAAAAGACGAAACCGAGAAUCGAUUAAACCAUCAUCAUCCCGGCAUUAUGGACCUAAACACCGAAAUUGACACCGAUUUAACUAGAGAAAUGAUUGACUAUCAACGCAGUUUAAGUGAAGGCCGUCUACUAGACAAUGAUUUCAGCCGAGAAACAUUGUCACGUUCACACGAUAGUGUAUUUUCUGAGUCAGCAACUGCAAGCAGUUUGUCAAUCGUAUUAAAGGCCGAAUUGGCAGAUGCACUGCGUAAACGUAAAAACCGAUCGGAUGCUUCCUAUGAGGAUUUGGGACUACCUAGCAGUCCAGCAACACCUCCGCGCAAUGGUAGCCAUGUUGUUGACGGUCAAAUCAAUAGUACGAACAUUGUUGGACGUCAUCAACAUCAUAGUUCAUUGGGUUUGCUAAGUAUGGUUAGCUCAGACUCUAUGGAACCGUCAAAUUUUUUGUCGAACAGCAAAUCAUCGAAUGCAGCUGGAAAACUUGAUGCAACCGAUGAAAUCUUUCCACCCGAAAUUUCAUUGAAUUCAAGCCAUGAGUUUGAAACGAAGCUUAGCCAUUCAGCAGCCAAACAUAAAAUGGCAAUUAGACCAAAGAAAAAGGGCCCGUCAAGACCGUCAAGAAAACCAACCGAAGAAGCAUCGAAUGUUCUAAUAUUGACACCAGAGGUCCAUGAGGAUUUCUUGAAAUCAUCCGAUAUUAUUGAAACAUAUGUGGGCAAGUCGCAAUCGUUGCCGCGGGGCGUAAACAGCAUUUCAAACAGCAAAUCCAAUGAAAAGCACACAAUUUCGACUCCACCAAAUACUCAAAUAAAAUCAAAAUUGUAUAAAACUUCAGAGUUUGAUUGUAGAGACCAAAAGUAUUCCGUCGAAUCAAACUUAGAAACGAAAACAUUGAAUUUAAAACGUGAGGAUCGAAUAAAUUCCGAAGAGGGGUUCUUCCGUCGUUUCAUUAAUCGAAGUGGCCGCAAGCAUAAAAAAGAGCACGAACAUAUUGAUACAGAUACACCUGAUGCAAACAAAUCAAAUAAAAAGUGUGAAACCUCAACACCAGCAAUUAAAAAGAGUGCUGAGCUAUCGAUAAUCAAUGUAUUGUCCAAUGCACGUGCAAAAGAUACGCCAAUUGAAUCAAAAUCGUCAUAUUUAUCGACGGAAGAGGUGAAUAAGAGUCCAAAAUCAUUGAUUAUGAAAAAUGAUAAGCUUAGAUCCGGUCCAAUAUCACGUCAACGAUAUACAAAAGACGUAAAUGAAAUAAGUGAUCCGAUUGAUGUUGCACGCGCCCAAAAAUUAUCAUCAAAUUCCACUCGCUAUACAAGUUAUUUGCGUUUCUCGCCGAAUAAAUCGAUUCAAAACCAAUGUGAUGAUGAAAGUGACAGAUCGCACUACCAUUCGGAAGAAAUACUGUCAACCACAUCCGGAGCCAUCGCCGCUGAUGAUCCAAAUACCCCAUUCAGUCAUGAUGAUAAUGAUGAUGGAAAUUAUAAACAGGUACCAUGUUCUGUGUCGUUACCGAAAAACGGUUGGCCAAAUGAGAAUAAACUAACAUAUAGUGCAUUGUCGCGAAAUGGACACAGUUGGGGUCAAUGCCAGCAAAAGAUUUCAAAAAUGGCAAAUGAUCAACAAAGUACCAUCAAAACAUACCACAAAGGAAAAAUGGUUGAAAAAUCAAAGAGUUUUCGAUUGUACACAAAGAACUUUAACCAUGAAAAUAUUGUGCAAAUACGCAAUGAUUGCAAACCCACACUAUGUCCCAGCUUGCCAGAUUUGAAUGCGUCGAAUCGAAGCCCAUUAGCACGACCAUUGCGUUACUCAACGAAUCGCGAAAAUUUACAAUCACUUCGUUUCAUGAAUAGCAGCGGUGGUCAGUUGAAUGCUGGUGCAAAUACCAAAUGGACACCAACACGUAGCAGUUCAUCUUCACGCAUAUCAGAACACCGUUUCGGUAGUGAUCGAUUCGAAAUCAAUGAUAUGAACCUAAUUCCAACGUCAAAACUUUAUUCAACGCUCAAUACAUCGGACGAAAUCGCAACGUACGAUAUUGAAAAGGAUAAAACACAGUUGAUGACCGGUACUGGUGCUGGUGGCGACAAUACAAGUGUUUUACCGGUUGCUGCGAAACAUCACUCAUUUCAAAACACAAAUAUCAACGAAAUUGAAGAUAAUAUUGAUAAAAUAAUGAAAUCAGCGGUAGUGACGGUAUUGAAACCUUCCACAGAAUUGUAUCAAUUUAAAACAAACAACAGUAAUAUUAACAUGAAUGUUGCAACGAUUGAUAAUCCACCAUUGAUUCGUCAUUCAACUACUGCUACCAAACUUGAUCUGCAGGUGCCAUCAUCAUCAUCGUCAUCAUCAUCACCUCCACACAAAAAAAUCAGUGCGGAUAUUCCUGAAUUCAUGCAAAUCCAAUUAAAUCGAGUCGAUGCCAGUCGACCAAAGAGCUGCAUUGAAUAUUUAUCAAGCGCGGCUACACCAAAUGAUAACGUUACGGUGGCAUCGAAUGCAUCAAUCGAAGAAGACAAAGAACGAAGGUUCAGUAAUGAAAGUAUUGAAAUUAGUGACAAGAAGAAAGUAGCCAUCAAUUCAUCGAUAAUGAAUGUAUUCAACUCGAAUCUAAAUAAGUCAUCAGAAUCAUUGAAGAGCAUUGGUUUUUGUCAGCAAUCUCGUACAUUGAUCGGUGAUCAACAGUUAUCACGUGGAAGUUCCAUAUCUGAAUUAAAUAAAACAUCAACCAUGAGUGAUAACCAUAGUUCGGAUGAUUGUUUGGAUUUGGAUUUAGAUGAUGAAAAUGAUGAAUGUAUUGUAAUCGAACGUCGAAAAUCGUUUUCCGAUAAAAAAUUGAAAUUCGAACAGCAAAUUGAAAAAAUCCAAGCCGAUCUAAAACGUUCAACGGUUAUUGGUGUUAAUGAUAAGGCUGCAAAUGUCCGUAAAUUAUCGCUUGAAGAUGAAAAUAUAUCGGGACCAAUUUUGCGUGGUAAAAAAACCAACAAGUCUAUCGAACCCGACGAUCCAACGCCCGAAUUGAUAAAAGUUUUUGCACGUCGUUCACUCAAAAUAAAAGACACAGAUGAAUAUCAAGUGCAUAAUGAUGCUGAACGUGAAACUCUCAAUCAAAAGAUGAACGAUGUUGACAGUAGCAACGAUACGAAUAGCACGGUGAAUCGAAUAAACAAUAUAAAAAAUAGUAAUAAGCGUUUUAAUACCGAUAGUGAUAAAGAAAAUUAUAUGUCUAGUGGUUGUGCACAUAGUACCGUACCAAAGGUGGAAAUUUAUAUCAAACCAAAUGAGAAAUGUGAGGAAGUAACGCCAAUAAAGGACUCACCGGCAAAUAAAAAUAAUGUAGAUAUGACAUCCGUGAAAAGUAUUGGAAAAUUAUUUAACGGUUCGGCAAAUCGGUUUUCACCAACACCAAUAACAAAUUCGAUAUUCAGCAAUAAUUAUCGAAAUUCGACUGCUUUUUUUGAAAAUCUAAGUCCAAGCAAUCAAGCGCGUUCGACUUCAAAACAAACAACAAACAAUACAUCACAAGAUAAUGAAAAAGAUAAUGGGAUCAUUUUGGAAAAUAUUAACAAUAAAUUAAACACAAAUACAUAUAAUAAUUUCACAAAAACUGCCACAACAUCGAUUGAUCGAAAAUCUGGCGAUGAUGCAACGAAAAAUCCCAAUUCAAAACCAACUACAGUAGUCCACAACGAUUCAAAUAAUGCAACAUCAACACAAGACUCCGAAUUCAUGAAUAUUUUGGAACGCAAAGCUCAAUGGGAGAAGCGAGCAAACGCAUUUAAAUGAAAGCUAUGUGAAAACAUUUUUCAUAUACGGAAGACAUUUACAUAAUUACAAUUAUUUUUUAUUAAAAAUGAAGCAGACAUUAUAAUGAGAUACUUUCAGCCAGAUGAA